AUACAUGAGGUUCUGACAGACAGUUCUACAAUUGGUAGCCGAGUGCAUUAGGAUUUUAGGAAAGUCGUAUAAAAAUAAAAUUAAUGCAAUAAAAUAAACAAAAACAGUCUAAGCAAAGUGUAAAAAUAUUACAGGCAAAAGAGCAAAUCAUGCCGCGUUAAUUGACAAUGGAAUUACACUCCUAUGCGAAACGAAAGGUCGCGAAAAAAUGGUCAAUUGAUCAAAAACGACAACUUGUUGAGGCACGCAUCAACCACGAUGGCUUGUUCACGAACAAAGCUACGACCAGUGUAGCACCUUGGAAAAAAAUCUUGAGUUUGGCCAAGUUAGACGACUACAAUGUGUACUUCGUACGCAAACAGUGGUCGAAUAUGGUCAACAAAUACAAACAAUAUAAGUUGAACCGUCUGGAUGUAAUACCAAAUGGCGCACAUGAUCCUGAAGAGAUACAAAAAAUUACGCAGGAGUGGGAAUUUUUUGAGCCAAUACACCGUUUUAUGACGUACAAAACCACCAAUUUGCAUUCGUAUGCGCUCCCAAUAACUAUACGUCUACCAGUACCACCUACGGCAGAUGAUGAUGAUGAUGGUAGCUCUAUUUCUUCCCCUGAUCAUCAUGACGCGUACAGUAGCGAUACGAACUAUGACUUCAACACGGCAGACGAACCAAGUGAACUAAGAGAAGCACAACCAAAUACAGAUCAUGAUUUUUAUACCAAGAAAAAUGGACUACCUUUGAACUACUUUGCUGACGAGAGCAAUGAUACACAGGAAUCCAUGUUAGUUGAACAACCAAUAACAUGUAAUGGUGUAACUGAAGGUAUGGAGCAAGUAAGACUGCAUGUAGCAGGUGAACAAAUUAUCGAAAUGAAAAUGGAACAAUUUAGCGAUGCAGAAAAGACUGUCGAGCAAGGUCGACCACCAGUUUACAUAGAAGAGAAUGCGCAAAAGCCGAGCACAUCUGCUGCUGGUCGAGUGAAUAAUUGCCCAAGGCGUCCAAAAGAACGACCGCUUAGCGAAAGGGAACGUUACUACCGACACAAACGUCGCUACAAUCGACGACUUGAGCGACGUUUCGAUGCCCUCCUCAACGUAUUUGGGCAAAUAGUCAAAGCUGAGUACCCAAAUAUUAAUGUUAGUCCUUUAAUUGGCGCCGCCACACAAGGCAUAACACUGGCAAAUAAUCUUUUCAAGAGCGAAAAUGAAAAUGAUAGCGCCGAUGAGGAAAAUGAGUCAUCAAGCGAUACAGAACGAAUACCAUUUAACACGGCGGCGGGAGGUGCAGCCAGUGAAGGAUUUGGUAAUGAAGGGCGAGCAGAACGCUAAUGAUAUAAUAAAAAAAAGUGAAAUUUAGGUGAAAAAAGAGUGUUUAGCUAAAUUUAUGACGCUUUGAGAAUUAUGACUGGGUGAAUAUUAAUAACAGAAAAAAAAUAUUUUGUAAUGUUUGAGUGUACACGUACAUAGUACAUACUAUAUACAAAGCCGAAAUUUACCAAAUAAAAAUUAUAUUAAAUUUUGUGGAAAUUUA